AUGGCGGUCGAAAAAUACACGUUGCCUAGGCUUCCCUAUGCCUUAGAUGCCCUCGAGCCUUCUAUUUCCGGUCAAAUUAUGGACCUGCACUACAAUCGCCACCAUCAGACCUACAUAACGAAUCUGAACAACGCCCUCACCGUCCACGCCGAAGCAUUGUCAAGCUCGAACCUCCUCAAACAACUCGAGUUGCAGCCAGCCAUCAAAUUCAACGCCGGCGGACAUAUUAACCACACCUUGUUCUGGGAGAACCUUUCUCCUGCGUCGACAGGUGACGCCAAUCUUGCCAGCGCAGCGCCCCAGCUGCAUCAAGGUAUUCUCCAACGAUGGGGCAGUGUCGAGACCUUCAAAACCACGCUUGAAGCCACGGCGCUCGCAAUCCAAGGGUCCGGCUGGGUUUGGCUCGUCAAAUCACAAGCCAACAACGGCAGUGUACUGGAGAUCACGACGUCCAAGGACCAGGACCUUCCGCCACCCGGAAAGAUGGCUCUAUUAGGCAUCGACAUGUGGGAGCAUGCGUAUUACUUACAAUACUGGAAUAAUAAAAAAGAAUAUGUAAGCAAGAUAUGGGAUGUGUUGAAUUGGAAGACUGCAGAAAAAAGGUAUCUCGGCGACGCAGCAGUCAUAUACGGCAACUUGGUCGGAUUGGCGAGUCGUUUGUGA